CCUCCUCUCCCCCUCCCCUCUCUGGGGAGGUGGGAAGGGUCUCCUGUCUGAUCCUUUGUCACGGGAAGACUUUGGGGUUUUACUCUGCUGUUGCCUCCGUGCAGGGACGAGAGGAUUUCACCUAGCUCCAUCCAACAGGGAGAGCAACUAUGUCCACAAAGCAAAGCACAGUUGAAUCUUGAAAGACGGAGGUCAGCGAGAUGAGCAGGAUGCUUCCUCAAAGGGCGGCUGUGAGCACGCUCGGCUACAGCUCAGACUGUGUGAAGAUGGAGCCGAGCGGCAGCAGCCCGGUUGGCGGAACCUUCCUCAGGGGCUCCCGCUCUAAGGCGGAGCUGCAGGAUUUGAUGGAGACGCUGCAGCGCAGGAAGAGUGCCCUGGAGGCCAGUCUGAGGGCGGCUGAGUGCAGCCGCAAGUAUUUCAAUACGCCUUCCCCCGGCGGACCCCAGUCCAAACGACCACUCUCCAUCCUCGGAACCAGCGAGCAUCAGCAGUCUUCCUCGAGAAACUUCUCCUAUGUGAGCAGCAGCAGCAUGCCCCCUUCCCCUCGCCAGGGUGAGCGCCAGUUUAGCCCCAACGGCUUGCUCCGUCACCCAAACGCUCGCCACCAAUCGCAAGACAGCCUCUUCCACCCUACGGAUGGAAGUUCUUUCAUCUCCUCUUAUGGAGAACCCAUACCUCGCUCUCCUAGGGUUAAGAGCGGCACAGCUAGCGUGCCCUCAAGCCCUCGACUGGGCCGCAGACUUUACUCACACGGCAAAGCCGUAAGUGACUCCAGGCAGAGGAAAUACUCCACAGGUUCCCUCAACAGUCUGGGCAUGCACAGCCGCUCGCUACCCCGCCUUCACAAUCCAGCCGAUCCUCCCAUUUUAUCUCUGCCGCCUCAUCUACAUCGAGCAGGGCGCUCGGCCGUGGCUCGGCGCAGUCUCUCCUCCCUUGAACAACCACCUGAUGUGACGGUACCAGCCAGUAUGCCCAAUACACCCAGGAGGGCCAGCAUGGCCUCCCUGAGCUCUCUAGGUGUUGAGAUAGAUGGGCCGAACUUGGAUGCGGGCUUUGGAGAGCGGAGGUUAUCUUUUGGGAAAGGCGGGCUGAGUUCAGGUCAAAGAGUGGGUAGCAUCACUUCUUUGAACGGCAAAGAGGAGUUGAGAGACUACCACCAGCACCAGAGAGACGAGAGACUCAGGGAGCAGAAAGUGCACAAGUUGGAAAGUCAGCGGCUGGAGACCAUCAUGACCCUGUGUACGGAGUUUGCACAGGUGGAGCCUGCAGGUUCAGCAGUUUCCGACCUGCAGAAGAUCAAUAAGGAGUUGGAGAAGCUGCAGGUGUCGGACGACGAGUCCGUUUUCUCCGACUCUCCCGGCGGCACGGCGCCGGAAGGCGGUUUUGGCACCAGAGUACGGGAUUUGCUUCUCAGUGACGAGCAGCAGGUCAGCAGUCGUCAGCAAAACGGUUACAGAGAAGUUGGCUCGCCGGCGCUUAGCCUUGGCGGCGGUGCACCCUCACCAUCCAGCAACCACAGAGCUAAGGUGUUGGAGAGUGUGCAGCUGAAGCAGGAAGUAACACAUAUUGAAGAGGAGAGGAUCCAAGUUGUCAACAACAUUGAGGAGCUGGAGCAGAAGAUUAAAGACCUGGACAACCAGAUGGAAGAGUCAGUCAGAGAGAUGGAGGUAGAGUGCGCUUUGCUGGAAGGGGAGCAAGAAUCAGAGAUGGCUCAGAUGCAAAAAGAAAAGGAGCUUUUGGACCAGCUUAAGGAAAAUAUUCAUAGUACUGAAAAGAUUAGCCACACUGAGAAAGCACAGGAAGCAGAGGAGCAAGCAAAAAGCUUGGAGGAAUUGGAGUUUCAAAAAUUGGAGAGAGAGAUUCAGCAAGAUGAGGAAAAGGAAAAUCAGAGUCAGUUACUGAGAGAAAUUGCUGACUGUCAGCGUCUCGCUAUCACGCGCAAGGAGAGACUUGCGACUCUGAAGAAACAGUCCUCGCAGAUUACUUUACAGUCCCAGCAGGAGAGAGAAGACUUCCAGAGGGAAAAAAGCAAUCUGCUCAUCAUGCUGCAGAAGGAGAGAGACAAGCUGGCGUCUUUGGAAGGAAAGUAUGCAGAGCUGUCUGAGAAGCAGGACUUGGCCUAUAGCAACGGGGCCGUCAAAGAGCAUUUGCACUCAGCAAAGGAAAGAAGAAGAAGCGGCAAGGAAAACUCGGCCCAUCUGAGCGACAACACGACGCCGAAGAGGAGCCAGCAGAUCGUCACUCCCUACGGACGAUCUCUGGGACGCACCCUUCCGCCCAAGGCCCAUCUGCCUCUGUCACAAAGCUCCAGCUGUGGCAGCGUCAUCCCGCAAGGGCUCAGCUUUGCCCCCCGAGACCUGAAUGCUCGCCGCCAGCCAAAAACAGGCCACACACAUAUGAAUGACGGCGUACACAGCCGACAAAGAAAAAGUGAUUUUGGUAGUCGGAUGCUCUCUGAGGCCAACGUUUACCUGGACUCUUUGUCCUACCCGGAUAACAGCCAGGCCUCCGACACCGUCAGUGUGGACAGUUCUGACAGCAUGGAGACCAGCUUCUCCGCAUGCUCUCCAGAUAACAUCUCCAGUGCCAGUAUGACCAACAUGGCCAAGCUCGAGGAGAUGGAGCGUUUACUCCGAGAGGCCCAGGUGGAAAAGCUAAGGCUGCUUGAGCACAGGGAACGUGAGAUGGAGAUACGCCGGCAAGCUUUGGAGGAAGAGCGAAGACGGAGGGAGGAACUGGAGAAACGCCUGCAGGAGGAGACCAACCGGAGACAGAAACUUGUGGAGCGGGAAGUGAAGCUCAGGGAGAAACAGAGAUCGCAGUCCCGACUUCUGUCGCGCUACUUACCCAUGAGGAAAGACGAUUUUGAUCUUCAUUGCCAUAUUGAGGCGGCGGGCCACAAUCCAGACGCCUGCUUCCACCUGGGCAUCACGGACAAAACAUGCAGAGGCUUCCUUGUAAAAAUGGGAGGGAAAAUAAAAACCUGGAAGAAGCGCUGGUUUGUUUUUGACCAAAAUCGUAGGACGCUCACUUACUAUGCGGACAAGCAUGAGACCAAGAUGAAAGGAGUCAUUUAUUUCCAAGCAAUAGAGGAGGUGUACUAUGAUCAUUUGAAGAAUGCACACAAAAGUCCCAACCCCUCGUUGACCUUUAGUGUGAAGACUCAUGACCGGGUCUACUACAUGGUGGCCCCGUCUCCCGAGGCCAUGCGUAUCUGGAUGGAUGUUAUUGUGACAGGAGCAGAGGGACACAUGCACUUCAUGGUGUAGCAGACCCUUAAAGGUCUUUUUUUAGGGGGGGGGGUAUUUGCACGAUUCCAAUUCAGCGUGUUUGAAUGUGCACUGUAUUAUAUAUGUGAUGUCUUAGAGACAACUCAUUCGCUAUCUUGUAAUCAAAUAUAAAGAUUCUAUACCAGUCUUGUAAUUAAGCUAUUUAGUUGAUUAUGUACUUGAGCAACAUUCAUCUGUGACAGAACUAGAAUGCCCAACAGUAGAGCGCAGAAACACAGUGCACCAAAUUGUUCCAAAUCCUUUUUGCACAAACAAAUGAAUGCAUAUAGUAAUCUACUUUAAUUGAGCUACAUGUCUGUUUUGAAGGUUGUGCAAGUUCAUAUUAUAUGGAUUUGUGUUGCUAAUUUUCAGUGUUAUAUUACCUCCAGUAUUUGUGAUGCCAGCAAGUCAUUUUUGAAAUAAAUAAUUUGUGGCGUCCUCUAGCGGCAAUAGAAGCUGAUGACAAUUUUUGAUAAGGUCAUUUAUACUUUGAGCUUAAUAUUUCAGUAUUCUUUUUCCACCAGCAGAGGCCCUCAGUGCGAGAUAUUUUGCAAAAGCAUGACGUAAUGCUUUUAUUGUUCUGCUUGAUAGCAGUUAAAAUUUGAUCAACGUGCUCUUGUAUGACUUGUAUAUCACAUUUAUAUAUUUUUAUAUUUCAAUAUACAUUUUUAUAUUUUCAAUAUGAAUGGUUUUGUUAGACAACACGUUUUCUUGUUGCAAUAAUAGGUUUGAACAAAAAAUGAAUAAAAAUGAAUUUUUUUAUGAA